AUGGAUAGCCACCUUCCUCCCCCCUGGUCCCCCUCUUGUCUUCCCUCCCAGAGGUCACCUUCAGCAGGGAGGCAGUGUGCCCCCAGGACCAGAGCCAUGGGGAAGGGGCGGAGCGUCACGCUUAGCCCCGUAAUGCCUGGCAGCCCCUCCGGCUGCUCGGCACAGGCUGAGCCCAGCCUGGAGGCUGCGCUGGGGGAAGCGAGGCGGCCCCCGGCCGGCAGUGCCCUGCUGCUGCAGAAGCGCUCAGCAAUGGCCGAGAGCUCAGCUGUGGCAGGGGCAAUGGCACCAGCCGUCCUAGAUGAGCUCCUGGAGAUCACAGCUCAGAGCCUGGUGCGCACCGAGGUGGCCGAGCACUAUGAGGUUAUUCGAGAGCUGGGCCGGGGCAAGUAUGGCCACGUGAUGCUAGUGACCCACAGGCAGAGAGGAACUCCUAUGGCUCUCAAGCUUCUGCCCAAAGCCAGUACCAAGCUGCACACCUUCCUGUAUGAGUAUUGUGUGGCGCUCUCCCUUGCCACCCACCCUGCCAUCAUCAGCAUGUUUGGAAUUGCCAUUGAGUCCAGCCAGUACUACGGCUUCCUCUAUGAACCAGCACUGCACAAAGACCUCAUCUCUAUCAUCAAACCCCGGGACGGGAUUCCUGAGCCAGCCGCUAAGCAGUGUGCCAAGCAGCUCGUGAGCGCGCUGGAGUUCAUCCACAGCCGAGGGCUUGUGUACCGUGAUGUCAAGCCAGAGAACGUGCUGCUUUUUGAUCCCGAGUGCCGACGCAUCAAGCUGACUGACUUCGGGCUGACGCGGCCCAAGGGCACCAAGCUGAAGCUGGUGGCCGGGGUAAUCCCCUACACUGCCCCUGAGCUGAGCAACACUGCUGAUGCCCAGGGAGUGCCCAUCGACACCAGCUUGGACGCCUGGGCGUUCGGCGUGCUGCUUUUCUGCCUGCUGACUGGCUACUUCCCCUGGGAGCAGAGCCUGCCGGAUGACCCUUUCUUUGAGGACUUCAUGCUGUGGCAGGAGACGGGCUCAGAGAAGGACCUGCCCCGCCACUGGAAACGCCUGACGGCCGAGGCGGCUCUGAUGCUGCGGAGCCUGCUGGCCCUGGAUCCGGCCAAGCGCAGCCCUGUCAGCGGGGUGCUGCACUACGUUGAUUGCCCUUGGCGGAUGGAGGAUGGGCACAGCCAGGAGGCUGCAGUCAAGCCCUAAAACCCGCUUCCCACGGAGGGGAGGGAGGGCUGGUCUCGCCCUGCAAGGGGCUUUGGGAUCUGGGGCACCAGAGGGUCAUGGGGGUGAGAGGCCAUGGUGACCCAGAGAGCAACUUCUUUGCAGCACUGUUCCUGCUGCCAUGGAGUCAGGCUUAUUCCUCAGCUGAUGGUCCUUGCCCCAUGGCUUAGUGCUGUCCAGUGCCCCUUCCUUUUGCUUCCUUGGGGCUUGAAAAUGCCUCUUUUCUCUUGGAAAUGACUGUUCACAUGUGAAACUUCCUGGCCACAGAGACUCCAGGGCGUUUUCUAGGAGCUGCAGAACCUGCCUUGUCUCUAUGUAGAGCAAAAUAUGUACUCUUGCGUUUCUGUAUGUGGCUCUUUUUCCCUAAUAAAAAAAGGCCUGCGGGGGCCCACUUGCUGUGAAA